AUGAGCACCAAGCUGGUACUCUGCCUGUGCCUGGCGCUCUGCGGAGCCCUGGCCGCCGCACUUCCCCUGGAGCAGAACUUUGGACAGGAGUCGGAGUUGGAGAACAGCCAGGAGCUGAACAGCGUUGAGGAGGCGGACGCCGUGGCAGACCCAUCGUCGUGGCGCAAGCUCUUCGGCAGCGACGGAAACCUAGUGAUCACCUUCCCCUCCACCACCACCACCAGGAAGCCGAAGACUACCAAGCGGAAGCACUACCCCCACCCGGCACCCAACUACCCUUACCCGGCUUAUCCCCAGUACCCGGCGUACCCACCGCCUCCGUACCCUUACCCCGGCUACUAUCCACCACCGUAUCCGUAUCCCAGCGAUUACGAUUAUCAUCACCAUCAUAAGGACGACUCAAAACCCGACUCGAAGCCCGAUACAAAGCCCGACAAGAAACCCGACAAGAAGCCAGACAAAAAGCCCGACACGAAGCCCGAUGACACCGAUAACGAACACCACGGUCAUCACGGUCACCAGGGACAUCACGGUCACCAAGGACAUCACGGUCACCAGGGACAUCACGGUCAUCACGGUCACUAUCCUGGACCAGCCCCCUACUAUCCACCCUACCCCUACUACCCACCCCCACCACCACCACCACCACUGCCCCCACCACCACCACCACCAUCAAACGACUCUGGCGAAUCCUCAAGCACGACAAACAACAUCAUUCUGUGCAAGAAGUUCUUUGGACUUAUCUGCACCUAA